AGCUGCAGCCUGGGCGGCUCCGCUCGCUGUUUUUCUUCAUUGGGUUGGGUCUUUCACUGUUCGCGAAGAUGCAGCUCAAGCCGAUGGAGAUCAACCCCGAGAUGCUGAACAAAGUGCUGUCCCGGCUGGGGGUUGCCGGCCAGUGGCGCUUCGCCGACGUGCUGGGGCUGGAGGACGAGGCUCUGGGCUCCGUGCCGGCGCCUGCCUGCGCGCUGCUGCUGCUCUUUCCCCUCACCGCCCAGCAUGAGAACUUCAGGAAAAAACAAAUCGAAGAACUGAAAGGACAAGAAGUGAGUCCCAAAGUAUAUUUCAUGAAGCAGACCAUCGGAAACUCCUGUGGUACCAUCGGACUGAUCCACGCAGUGGCCAAUAACCGAGACAAACUGGACUUCGAGGAUGGAUCAGUUCUGAAACAGUUUCUUUCUGAAACAGAGAAGAUGUCCCCUGAAGACAGAGCAAAGUGCUUUGAAAAGAAUGAGGCUAUCCAGGCAGCCCAUGAUGCUGUGGCCCAGGAAGGCCAGUGUCGGGUAAAUGCACACACCAGUCCUGGCCGGGCAGCUCAGGUAGAUGACAAAGUGAAUUUUCAUUUUAUUCUAUUUAACAACGUGGACGGCCACCUCUAUGAACUGGAUGGGCGGAUGCCUUUUCCAGUGAACCAUGGCACCAGUUCGGAGGACUCCCUGCUGCAGGACGCCGCCAAGGUCUGCAGAGAGUUCACCGAGCGCGAGCAAGGAGAGGUCCGCUUCUCUGCUGUGGCCCUGUGCAAGGCAGCCUAGGUCCCAAGAGAGGGCCCGGCGUGUUCCCCUCUUUCCUUCGGUGUGAAAGCACACACCUGCCCAAGCAGUCCUCAGCGCUUGAGUGCGUGUAAACACAGCUGCCACCUUGAGUUCUACAGACACACUUUUCCCUCCACCACACCCAAGCACUAGCAGAGCUCGGCCGUUGCAAGCUGGGCUUGCGUGCGCUUCAAACCAGAAGCGUUUCCCCACUGUACGUCUGGGACCUCAGUAUCUAAAGCUUCCAUGCUCCUUUGGUUUGUGUCUGUAAGUUAAGCCCUUGGAUGUGGUUUCAUUAUUUGUGUUUAAAGAAAUAAACCUUUUCUGCUGACAAACAA